UAGCUGCCCUAGAGACCAGAGAGCUAGGGAGAGUACGCCCCUUCCCCCUCCCGCCAGCAGCCGCCUGGCUUAAAAACCCUUCGCCACCGGGCGGCGGAAUUACAAAGGAGGCCGUCUGCCUCCUUUGUCCUGGAUUUGAGAGUUGAGCACCUUCGUCGCCAUUGGCUUUCCUCCCCCAGCUCCAGCCUCUCUCAUCUUGGGAAUCUGCGUCAGAAGUCACUCGCAGUCCCGUCAGCCCAGAAGAAGACAUAAAGCAGGCUACCAGCAAUUUUGAGAACUUGCAAAAACAGCUUGCAAGGAAAAUGAAGCUUCCUAUUUUCAUAGCAGAUGCAUUCACAGCAAGAGCAUUUCGUGGGAAUCCUGCUGCUGUUUGCCUCCUAGAAAAUGAAUUGGAGGAAGACAUGCAUCAGAAAAUUGCAAGGGAGAUGAACCUCUCUGAAACUGCUUUUAUCCGAAAACUGCACCCGACAGACAACUUUGCACAAAGUUCCUGCUUUGGACUAAGAUGGUUUACACCGGCAAGUGAGGUUCCGCUCUGUGGCCACGCCACCCUGGCUUCUGCAGCUGUGCUGUUUUACAAAAUAAAAAACGUGAAUAGCACACUCACGUUUGUCACUCUGAGUGGAGAACUAAGGGCCAGACAAGCAGAGGAUGGCAUCGUCCUGGACUUGCCUCUUUAUCCAGUCUACCCCCAGGACUUCCAUGAAGUAGAGGACUUGAUAAAGCUAGAAGGAGAGGAAUGGGCCCCGAGCAUGGCCAUGCUAGUUCAGAAGCUCCUCCUCCGCCUCAGUGACACUUACAACAGGUCAUUUCUGGAGAACCUGAAAGUGAACACGGAGAAUCUGCUGCAAGUUGAAAACACAGGGAAGGUGAAAGGGCUUAUUCUUACCCUUAAAGGAGAGCCUGGUGGGCAGAGCCGGUCGUUUGACUUUUACUCCAGAUAUUUUGCACCGUGGGUUGGUGUGGCUGAAGACCCAGUGACAGGGUCUGCACACGCUGUUCUCAGCAGCUACUGGUCCCAGCAGCUGGGGAAGAAAGAAAUGCAUGCGUUUCAGUGUUCCCAACGAGGAGGAGAGCUGGGAAUUUCACUUCGUCCAGAUGGAAGGGUUGACAUUAGAGGAGGUGCAGCUGUUGUUUUAGAGGGCACGCUGACAGCCUAGAGGUGCGCUGACUGCUGCUGUCUCUAAUCACCAAGUAUUUUCUGCGUAAAAAGAAAUGUAAGGGACUGCCAUUAGCAAAUGUGCAUAGUAGUCUACUUAAUCCUCAUGUUUAAAAUUGAAAAAUGGGCCAGGCACAGUGGCUCACGCCUGUAAUCCUAACACUUUGGGAGGCCGAGGUGGGCGGAUCACCUUAGGUCAGGGGUUCGAUACCAGCCUGGCCAACAUGGUGAAACCCCAUCUCUACUAAAAAUACAAAAAUGAGCUGGGUGUGGUGCCGUAUGCCUGUAAUCCCAGCUACUCGGGAGGCUGAGGCAAGGAGAAUCGCUUGAACCCAGGAGGCAGAGGUUGCAGUGAGCCAAGAUCGCACCACUGCACUCCAGCCUGGGCGACAGAGACUCCAUCCCCACAAAAAUAAAUAAAUAAAUAAAAAUAAAAAUUGAAAAAUGAAGACAUUUUAAUGGAAAUUUAAUAAUGCUUCCAGACUAAUGAACUAAUGGAGUUUUGGCUCCACUCAUGAGUGUAUUUGAAAUGUAAGUAACCAGCUACAAAGAAUAAUGUCUCUUCAUUUGAUUAUGACUACCAAUCAAGAGAAGGAGGAAUACAUUUCUGAGGAGUGAAGCUAAAUCAUUUGAACUUAAAUGAGUACCUGAUUUUGCAGCCAUUAAAAUGAAUCAAUAACUAUGUGGAAAUAAAGAAAAAAUAUUUUAUAAUAUAAUACUAAGAAAGAAAGAGGACAGUAGGCCAUAAAAUGUUAGCAAUGUUAUGCUAUGUCUAUGUAGAUAAGCAUGGGCCAUUAAAAAUAGCAAACUGGAAACAGUUCAUGUGUGGGGGGCAAGAUUGGAAGUAAUUUUAAUGUAUCUAAGAAGUGAUUUCCUUUAUUGUUGUACUCAUGUACAAAGACUAAAAAUCAGGACGAAUCCAGAAAAUAAAAACAAAACAGUAUUUAUUAGGCUACUUCCUGUCGUAGUGAAAUUAAACACUAAAAGUAAUGUAAUCUCAGCUGGGUGUGGCGGCUUAUGCCUGUAAUCCCAGCACUUUGGCAGGAUGAGGCAGGAGGAUUGUUUGAGCCAAGGAGUUCAAGACCAGCCUGGGCAACACAGCGAGACCCUGUUUCUAUUUAAAAAAAAAAGUAAUGUAAUUUCAAUCUUUUUCUUGAUAUAUGACUUGAGAAUGAUAUUGUAAAAGGAAUUCUUCUCUUCAAUAAAAUGGGUUUUAACAUAACUUUAAAUUCAGUUAAAUCUACAAUAUUGAACACCUAUAGUUGACUUAGGGAUGGGGACUUUUUCACAUCAUUAAGAGUGUUUGUUUAAGGUGAUCUCACUGAUGGUAGUUCUCAGCCAUCUCAAAAACUGCAAGCUAAUCAGUUAGACAUUCUUUAAUGACCCCAAUUUUUUCACUUUAAUUGCUACCAUGUUUUCUGUUUUUACUGAUUUUUGCUAAAGCAUGUAAGAGUGAAUUUAUUAUAGCAGUAAUCUUGUGUUUCUCCUGAUUUGCAAUAAAGUCAGUCGUUCACCAGC